AUGCAAGCAUCGCUUUCUUCUCUCUUCCCGUUAAAUCCUCCAAAGAUCUGCCAAACUCAGACAAAGAAACUUCAGCAUAUGCUCAGCCCUCGUUGUUUUCUCUGGCUGGUAACCCGCCGCGAAUUUCCUUUCUCUUCAAUUCUCUUUUUCCCGAUCUGAACUCACCUUCUCGCAUUCAAUCGCACGGUUUAGCCACCAUCUCUCUGCAUUCUAUUCAGUUUUUACGGAUCUUUUGAUUACUGGUACAAGUGAUCCUGCAGAUAGUGUCCAAGAAGGUUAUGUGUUUCCGUUGGUGCUGGGUGAAAUGAAGGGUGCAAGUUUACCACUGCCGAGUGCAGCUAUAUUGCCUUCUCCCAUCUUGCCAUGGAGGUUUAAGAUUCGAUGGGAUUCAAUCAUGAGAAUGGGUGCAGAUUUACAGGAUUUGUUCUUAUAUGAGGCCUUCUUGUACUAUAACCCCCUUCUUCUUGUGACAAUGAUGGUUUAGCUCUGGGGAGUGAGCUUAUGGGUUUUCUCACAGGGCAGUGUUAAUUAUGCAAAAAAUUUUGAUCUUGAUCAAACUCAUCUUACUCACAAAGAUAUAUGGAAGCGUAGCAUUUGGAUGACCAUUAUUGUCCCAACUAGCAUGACAGCAUAUCUUUAUCCCUAUUCCCAUGGAGAAGUAUCAUUGGCUGCAUCACAACCAGUGUAGCAUCUGUCCUGCCCAUUAUACAAUUUUGUUGCAUUAUUUUUGCAACUGUUAAACUUUAUUGUACUCAUUCCACUUUAUUGUAUCAUUUGCUAAGGUAUGAAGCUGCAUCAUUUUUUGGUCCUUUGUUUUUGGUAUAUUUAAUUGAAAAGCUAUAGCUAGGGACAUAUUUAGGAAUGGUGUUGUGAAUCUGCACGGUCCUGGAGAAGCUCUAUUUUCCUGCAUUUUAGAUUCAGAUAGAUUGUAUGGCAUGGAAAGUACCAGCUUUCCUACUCUUUCAAACUUUUCUAUCCUAGGCUAAAGCUACGAUAUUGGAAUCAUUCAGUUCUGUGAAAGGAGCUUCAUUUCAUAAUGCACUUAUAAUUGUCAAUUGAGUGCAGGUAUUUUCAGAUUUGGAACGUUCAGUUUGCCAUAUGGUUCACCGCCAGAUCUUAAAAGGACGAAGAGGGGAAGAAGACGAAGACGAUAGAAACUGUCCGUCCUUGUUAGGAUUUUUGAUGCACAAGGGCUUAGGGUGCGCUUGGUUAGUGAGGAGACUUUUCUCCAUAGAUUCUCUAGGAACACCUCUUAGGGGUUUCAUAAUACCAUGAUUGUGAGUUUUAGGCUAUUUAUUUACCUGUUAAUGUUUAUGAGUCUGUUAGGUGUUUCUUUGUCUGUAUGAGUCUUCAUGUUGAGGCCACUUGACCUUGAAGAAGGGAAAUUUACUUGAUCAAAGGUUAUUCUAGUAUACUUGGUAGAUCUUUUUUGAGUCUUUCAUUAGGAAUUAUGGCUUAUAAAUAUCUGAGCAUGGUAUUUGCAAUUGAGUAUAGUCUUACAAUAAAACUAAUUUGUUUGAAAAGUAAGAUGGUAAAGUUUGUUCUUCUAGGUGCCGUGUGUGCAUUCCUUAAUCUGCUAAUAAUUAAGUAGUAUUUGAAGGCAAAAAUUCAUCUAAAAUGAAUUUGCUUUUUCAGUUCCCCCAUUUUGUGAGUUUGUACAUUUUCGAAGAGUAAGUUCAUUGUUUGGGGUUUGUAAUCUUGUUUACUGAUUAUUUAAUUUUCCUUUUUUUUUUUUUUUUUUGGUACCAACUGCCUUUUGUGUUGAUUCCAGUUCGGCAUGUUGUCCCUUUUCUGAGUACUGCACUCUUAUUUCCAAUUAUCAGAAAUAUCAUUCCUACAAAAUAGUAUAUGUAUGUCUCAGCUAAAACUUUACUUUGAUUAUCACAUAUUAAAAACCUUGUGAAGUGUUUUCAUUUUGAUAUUUAGCUUCGAGAAUCAUAAAUAAUCUGAGCGAUGAUCAUGAGUACUUGCUUGGAGCACUUGGGAGUAUUUUGAUGAGCAAACUCAUUCUGGAUAUUUGUGAUACUGUUUUGGUUGGUGCUUGCUCUGGCUUCACUUUUAAGUUGGUCUGCCUAAGGGGUAGCUUUUCAAACCAAUUUUUACUGUCAAGUAAAUAGAAAAGUUCGGUCAUUCAAAUGUUUUUAUGGCCAGUUACCUUGAAUGGAUUAUGCAACACAUUAAAUAAGGGAGCCAACUUAGCAUCACAAUAUCAACAAAAAGAAAUUUUUUCU